AGGUAAAGUUCAAUGUUUUCACAUUCAAUAAAUUCUGUAAAUUGUUUAACUCAUUUAACUGUGAAUUAAUUGUUGAUUAUUGUUUCGAUAUUGCAAAAAUUAUUGUUGAAACUGUUUGUAGAUUGUGAUUAUAUGGAUGAUAUCACGUGGGUUCCACCUUGAGUGAAGCAUUGAUCAUAUGUUUACGUGUUUUUUUUUCUUGAUUUCAUUUGAAACUGAUCAUCAUUUUUAAUUUUGUUUCUCUCUUUUUCAACAAUUAACUUUCAAUUUCUUGAUUUAUUCAUGUUAACAAUGUUUUAUGCUGUUUGUCGUUCCGACUGUACUACUAUGAUAGUACAUUAAAUGAUCUGUUGAUUAUUGUUUUCUUUUUUUUUUCUCUACAUCUCAAUCUAUAUUUAAGAAACACCAAAUGAAAGGUUUUCCGUACACUCGGUUAAUAAGUCAACAUGUUUACGUGAACUUGUACUCGAGGUUUAGACGAUUGAUUUUUUUUCGCAAUUACUUGAGUUAUAGAUCUUCAAUUUUAUCUCUGCUGUUUAACAGAUUCCAACCUAGACUGUUAAUCUAUCGUCCAUCCAAUUGGUAUUCACAUUGUCACCGAUCAAAGUAUUCCCCUUGGUUCAUGCUCUCCGGUGUUUCUUGCCAUUUCUGGAACAAUAAAGGAAUCAGUGAAGACGAAAUAUGGGAGACAGUCAGUGAUUUUGAUCAAUUGUUUGGUUCAAUCAAUUCAUCCAAGUAUAACAACGAUGCCACCUUACCAUCAACACCACCAUGUUCAUUGGCGAGGAAAGAAACACCCAAGUCAACCAGUUCACCAACAUCUAAUAGCCACUCCAAUUAUUCAAUAGAUGAAGAUGGUAGAUCAUCAGAUGAAGAUCAUUCAAAUGAGAUUAACACUAAUAACCACGAUGAAAUUGAAGAUUUAGAUACAACCAAAAAACUAUUAUCAUCUAAAGGCUGGGAAGCGAUAAUUUUGCGAGAUGAAUUUCAAGUCUGGAGAAGAGAAAUUAACUCUAAUGGAUUAUAUCAAUAUAAAGUUUUUGGAACAUUCAAAGAUGUACCUGCUCAAGAUUUCUUCACUGUCCAAAGAGAUUUAGAUUACAGAAAAAAAUGGGAUCAACUGGUAAUCAAAUUAGAGAUUGUUGAUAAACAGAAUGUGUUUAAAAAGGCAAGAAAUGGUAGUCACUUAAACGAUUCUGGUAAUGAAGUAAUUCACUGGGUUAUGCAUUACCCUUUUCCAAUGUACAGUCGUGAUUAUUGCUAUGUUAGAAGAGCCAUAAUUGAUUAUAAAAACAACAUAAUGGUCCUAGUCUCUCGUGCAGUUGACCACCCUAAUUGUCCAGUUUCUAACAAAUAUGUUCGAGUUUCUGAUUAUGAAUCGCAAAUGGUGAUUAAACCACACAAAACUUUCAACGAGAAUGGAUUUGAUUACAUGUUAACUUAUUUUGAUGAUCCUUGUUCAGCCUUCCCUAAUCCAGCUUACAAUUGGAUGGCUGCCUCAGGAGUACCUAAUUUUGUUGAAUCAUUGCACAAAGCAGCUUUACAAUUAAAUAAAGACAGGAAAACAACGACCAAACAAUUAAACAAUUGUAAUACCUGUACAGCCACCGGCACCAAGACCCAGUCCAAUGAUCCAUCCACUGCCAACAACAACAACAACAACAACAAUAAUAAUAACAAUAACAAUAAUAACAACGAUAGCAGUAGUAGUAAUAAUAAUAAUACCAACAACAGUAAUAGUAAAAAUUGUAACAAUUUAAAUAACUUGUACAUACAGUGUAUAUCUUUCAAUCGACCUCAGCAAGAAAAAAUUGAUUGUUAAAAUUUUGAUUCUAUUACUUAUUAGAUGUUUUUCCCAUCUUCCAUAUUUGCCUAUUUCUUUGCUCAAUCAAUUUAUGUGUCAAAGAAGCUUGAUUAUGUUAAUUGUUUCUUUAUUUUCUAGUUGCUUAAUUAUAUUAAUUAAUUUUGACAA